AUGCCUUACAGCUGUUUUUGGGAUAUCCCAGGUGAUGGGUUAACAUCUCCAUACUCUGGGUAUUACGUCAUCAGAGACAAGGUGUGUAUGCAGAUCCCACUUUUUCAAGGAAGUGAUCAUGCUUUGAUAACUCAACUGGAGAAAGGAGACGACUAUUUUGGUACUGAUGGUUUUGGAGAUGCUCCUGAUCCGAAUUUACCCUCUUUGGACCUUGUUCAAAAGGAACAUUCAGUCUGGGCUAUGAUUGAAAAUGUCAAAAAAUAUCCUGGACAAAUAACGCUCGUUGCUAUGGGCCCGUUAACCGACCUAGCACUUGCACAUCGUUUUUACCCGCAGUUCAGCCAGCAAUUGAAGUUUUGCUUUAUAAUGGGCGGAAACUACCGAGCUGAAGGAAACAUUACCAGGUCAGCUGAAUUCAACGCUUAUCUCGAUCCUGAAGCAGCUAAGAUUGUUUUGACAGAGUUUCAGUGUGAAAUCAGUUUGUUUCCUUGGGAACUGUGUGUUGACUGUGGACUGCCUUGGGAUUUCUAUGACAAGUUGCGUAAGAAAUCAGGCAAAGAGGCCGAAUUAAUGAGGGUUAUAGAAAAGAAUCUGAUAUCAAAUUGGAAAAAGAAGCCAUCUUAUGUAAUCUGCGAUGAACUUGCUAUGGCAGGAGCUAUAGAUGAAUCAACAGUGACAGAAUUUAAACAUGUCCCCAUAGAUGUUGAACUGAGGGGCCAAUUUACAAGGGGACAAUUUGUCAUCGACUGGGAUAAGAGGAGUAAAGAUGCUGUUAAAAUUCGAUUGGUUACGAAGAUGAAUAUGGAUCGUGUAAUGGAGAUGCUCUUGGAUACCUAUGGAAAUUAAAGAGAAAUUCUGAGAGAAUCUCAAGAGAAUUAACCAGGUUUUUAAAACUUUAAAUGUUUUGCUAAUAUUAAUGAAAUUAAAUGGUUUCCUGUUUUAUUAUUAUUUUCGUUUAGAACCCCCUUCCAUCCACGGUCAAUCCGAUCGAACAAACCUAUGGAUAAAGGUGGCCAAUCAACAUGGCAUAGUGCGUUUCUUGUUGAUUAAUUAAUCAAAAGCUAAUUUACUAUUAGUUCUUUAAAUAUAAAAAUGACUUUCUUAAUAGGCUAUGAAAGACAGAUUUGAUGUCUGUAGCUGACGGUCCGAUGAUGUCAUACAUAAUCCGACUGGAUGUUUUUCACACUCGUUGUCUGUAAGGAGGAUAUCUGUCCCAAGACAAUUUCCUCUCAAGAGUGUACACGAAUGGCUUAAAUAUAAAUAUGCAUACUUAAAAUUUAGUCAACGCAUAGUGCACCCCCAGUGAAUUAAUCUUGGAUUUUAUUGACAUAGGAUAUUUAGACUGCACCCAUGGAAAAUUUACGUAUAAAUACGUAUCCUUUA